AUGGGUUGUGUUAAAUCGAACCACCAAGGUAUCCGAAUAAAGAAACCAGACCCAUGGAACUACCAUGAAGAAAUAACCCGUGAACAACUUCGUGCAAUUCGCAAUGAGUUCUGGCAACAUGUUCAAGUUUAUGGAGGGCGACAAGAGAUUUGGGAUGCACUUCGAAGGGCAUCCGAGGCCCCAAUACACAUUGCACAAGCAAUAGUUGAUAGUUCGGGGAUUAUCCCUCAUGUUACGGAUUUGAGGGUUAGCUUUGAUAAUAGGGGUACAAGAUACAAGUUGCCAUAUUGUAUGUUUUGA